UUCUAAAUCUUAUGAAAUCGCAUAAAGAUGCCGCACAAACAGCCAAUAGCAAUAUAUUUAUUUUAUGUCGCGCUGGCCGCGCUGCAGUCAGCUGAUGGACAAUCGAUUUCGAAUACAGUGCAUCGUACACAAGCUGCCACCGAGCGUAUCAAUGAUCUCUCCUGCUACGAAUGCGACACCAUGGACCAUGGAGAGGCGUGCGUGGAUGUUACGACACGUAAUCUUUCGAAUUUCAUACGCAAAUGCAAGGGCGAGGAGUUUAUUUGUAUGGUGAAACGCUUUUCCUACACCACCAGCACUGAGAAUUCCACCAGCGCGCCAAAAAUGUGGUCCUUGGAUCGACGCUGUGCCGUCAAUUGUGAGGCUGGCUGCAUUGUGAUCGGCGAGAGGACAAAAUUAUAUGCCUGCACUUCCUGCUGUGAAAAAUCGCUUUGCAAUACUGGACGCGGACGUGCGGUGAGCACUUUUCAGCGCGUGGAAACGGGCAUCGGUACGCGUUGGUAUGCCGCUGUGGUGGCAACAAUGUUGCAACGAUUAUUCCUGCAUAGUAAUUAUUCGCUAAUGGAGAUGUGCAGUUUUGGCAAUAGGAUUUCAUAAAUAGAAGUGUGUAGACAAAAAUGUCAUCCACUUUCGAUGGAACGGCUGCACUAAAGUUUGUAGUAAAAGUAAGAAAAGAAUACGAUUUUUUAUUGAACCAAGUUCAAGAUUUGUGCCAAGGUUACACUACCACAAGCACCAAAAUAUAAAAAAAUAUACUUACAUUAUAUAAGAUGACGUAUAAAAAUAUAGUUAAAACUUUUUUCCUAUUCUAAUCUAAAGCCAAAUAAUUUUGUGAUACCAAAAAUAAGAUUAUUAAAAUAAAUUUGCUA